AUGAAUCUUCUCGGUCUCACAUACAAAGAUAUGAGGCGCCAAAGCGACGAGGAUCGAGAGCAAGGUGGCCCCGAAUUGCUUCACAAUGCUGCGAACGACACUGUGUUCCAGAUGCAGAUUCUAAUCACCCUUCUAGAGGAGUCAAGGAUACCUAGGACCUCUAUCCUAAGGGACGAAAAGGCUUAG